AAGGGAGGAGCUCUGAAGAAGGGUCCGUACGCCAAUGCCAUGCGGCUGAUGAAGAGGGUCCUUCCCUACCAGCUCGAGUCCCUGGACUGGGACCCCCAGCACCUGACCAACCAGCAGCAGUGUUACUGUUACUGCGGUGGUCCUGGCGAGUGGAAUGUGAUGAUGCUUCAGUGUUUCCGCUGCCAGCACUGGUUCCACGAGGCUUGUACACAGUGCCUGAGCAAACCCUUGCUCUAUGGAGACAGGUUCUAUCUGUUUCUGUGCUGUGUGUGUACUGGUGGAUCAGAGUAUGUGAUACGAUUAUCCUUGGCUUGGGUGGACAUUGCCCACCUGGUCCUCUACCACCUCACCAGCUGCUGUAGAAGGAAGUACUUCGACUUUGAGCGGGAAAUCCUGGCCUUUGCCAACGAGAACUGGGACAACCUUCUGGUGGGCGAGCUCUCCUGCGCCUCAAAGACUGAACGCUACGACCAACUCCUGAAAACCCUGAACGCUCAUCGGGACAGGUUUGUAUCGGGGAAGGAGAUAAAGAAGAAGAAGUGUAUCUUUGGUCUUCAGGAACGAGUGCCGCCCCCUCCCCCCUCCCCCGCCUCACUGAGGGAGGGGCAACGACUGCUGCCCCCUCCCUCACUCCCACACACCCCCACCAGUGAAUACAAGUCUAUUCGAACCCCUUCUUUCAUCAUAUGUCUGAGGACUCUGGAGGAAGGACCGGAGCCAUAG